AUGUGCAGGAGGAAGCGUGUGGAGGCCCCGGCUAAACCCUGUGGAUCCGAGGUCUGCAAUCAGACUUCCCAAUGUUUGGAGAAGGGAUGUGGGAAGGGCUGUGCGCAAGCACCAUCGUUCUGCGAACUCCACAUCGCCUCCGAAACCGGGAACCUGUCAAAGUUGAAACUCAUCUUGUCCCAGGGACGGGCGGACAUUAAGUGCAAAGAGUGGAUUGGUUGGACACCGGUGAUGUUGGCAGCUGGUAAUGGGCACCGAGAAGUGGUUGAGUUACUUGUUAGUAAAGGAUCCAGCAUGUCACUCGUAAAUAAAAGAGGUGACAACAUCCUUCACUGUGCCUGUUGGGGAGGAGAGGUUGAGAUGGUGAUAUAUAUACUCUCACAUGACAUGGAGGACAUCAACAGUAGAGGAUGUAAGAAGAGGACACCAGUGAUGGCGGCAGCAUUGCGCGGACAUAAAGAAGUGGUAGAGUUACUCGUGGUUGAAGGAGCUGAUGUGUCACUCGUAUCUGAAAAGGGUGACAACAUUCUUCAUCUUUCCUGUCGGGGAGGACAUGUGGAGGUGGUCAAGUAUGUCCUCUCACAAGACAUGGUGCGCAUCAACAGUAGAGGAUGGCAGAAGAGGACACCAGUGAUGGUGGCAGCAGAGAAUGGACAUAAAGAAGUGGUAGAGUUACUCGUGGGUGAAGGAGCUGACUUGUCAAUCCUUACUCACGGGCGUGACAGCGUCCUUCAUCUUGCCUGUCGGGGAGGACAUGUGGAGGUGGUCAAGUAUGUCCUCUCACAAUACAUGGUGCGUAUCAACAGUAGAGGAUGGCAGAAGAGGACACCAGUGAUGGUGGCAGCAUUGCGUGGACAUAAAGAACUGGUAGAGUUACUCGUGGGUGAAGGAGCUGAUGUGUCACUCGUGAAUCAAAGGCGUGAAAACAUUCUUCAUCUUGCCUGUCGGGGAGGACAUUUGGAGGUGGUGAAAUAUAUCCUCACACAGGACAAGGUGGGCAUCAACGCCAAAAAUAAAAAAGGACAAACAGCAGCCAAGAUAGCAAUAUCCCAGGAUCGAGGAGACAUGCUUGAUCUUCUUCUGUCACAUGGUGCUCUCAUGUAA